AUAUAUAUAUAUAUAUAUAAAAAAGCAAAACGACGCUGAUACGCCACCAAAAAAACAACAGCCACAAAAUGCCAGUAAAAAAGCAAGAAGCUCAUCGUGCUCUGGAACUGCUCGAGGACUAUCAUGCGCGUCUGUCCGAGCCACAGGAUCGAGCGCUGCGCAUUGCAAUCGAGCGCGUCAUACGCAUAUUUAAAUCCCGCUUAUUUCAAGCGCUAUUAGAUAUACAAGAAUUCUAUGAAUUGACAUUAUUGGACGACUCUAAGAGCAUACAACAGAAGACCGCCGAAACAUUGCAGAUUGCAACCAAAUGGGAGAAGGAUGGCCAGACGGCCAAAAUAGCCGAUUUCAUAAAAACUUCCAAUUUAAAUCGAAAUUGUGUCCAAGAGUUCAACAACGAUAUUACAACAAUAACAACAACAACAGCAACUACAAUUGUCAAUGCAAAUGCCAAUCAAAAUACGAAUGCGGCCGCACAUGCCGAGGCAUUGAGCAGAACAUUUAAAAAUGAAUUGGAAGAGAUUUUGAAUCAACGCAUGCGGAUUGAAUCCGACAAUCAGAAUGCCAAGGAGGCGGCUGCUGAGAAUGCGGCCCAGGUGCGUGGAGCGCGCUCCCCACAACAACAACAGCAGCAGCAGCAGCAACAACAACAGCAAAAACAACAACAACAACAACAACAAUCACAGUCAGCGGCCACGGCCAGAAGCGGGACUACAACUCUACAUAAGGCAUCCUCAACCAAGGUCAAUGGCGAUGAGAGCUGGUACUAUGAGGACAUUCAACUGGAGCGCGGUAAUUCGGGCCUGGGCUUCUCCAUUGCCGGCGGCACAGACAAUCCCCACAUCGGCACCGACACAUCCAUCUAUAUUACAAAGCUAAUACCGGGUGGGGCGGCGGCGGCCGACGGUCGUUUAAGUGUCAAUGACAUCAUUGUCUCGGUCAACGAUGUGUCCGUGGUAGAUGUGCCCCAUGCAUCCGCUGUGGAUGCACUCAAGAAGGCCGGCAAUGUGGUCAAGCUGCAUGUGAAGCGGAAACGUGGAACUGGAGGCACCGGCACCGGCACUGGCUCUGGCACAGCUUCCAGCGAUGUACGCGACAAUGCAACGCCCGCCGGCAGUUCGGGGCCGAAGGUCAUCGAAAUCGAUUUGGUGAAGGGUGGCAAGGGCCUGGGCUUCUCCAUAGCCGGUGGCAUCGGCAAUCAACAUAUACCGGGCGACAACGGCAUCUAUGUGACCAAAUUGAUGGAUGGCGGUGCAGCUCAAGUGGAUGGACGCCUCUCCAUUGGCGACAAAUUGAUAGCAGUGCGCACGAAUGGCAGCGAAAAGAAUCUGGAGAAUGUUACGCACGAACUGGCUGUGGCCACGCUCAAGUCUAUUACCGACAAGGUGACACUGAUUGUGGGCAAGACGCAGCAUUUAACCAGCAGUGCAUCACAGUCGGGUGGCAGUGGCAGUGGCAUCAUUGUGGCACCCACAACCACGACUCCUGGCAGUGGCCAGUUGGGCCAGCAACAGCACUCGCAGUCGCAGUCACAGCUGGCGGCCAGUCAGCAGCAGCAGCAGCAACAACAACAACAGCAAGUGAACUCACAGUCUACAGGUGCGCUUAACAAUGUAGGACAGACAGUUGUUGAUUCACCAUCCUCAGUCACCUCAGUCAUCUCCAAUGCAAACACCACCAACACCACCUCCACUACCACCAACACCACAAUAACCACCAAGAACAACAACAACAACAUUGCUGCUACAGUCACUAAUGCCAAUGCUAACAGCAGCAGCAUCAGCUACAACAGCAGCAACAUCAUCUCCAAUUCAAACAGCAACAGCAAUUACAACAACAGCAGCAGCAGCAGCAGCAAUAGUAACAGUAACAGUAACAGCAACAGCAAUAAUAACUCUAUAGCUGCCGCAGUACUGGCAACAACAACAACUACAACACCACCAAUACCAACAAUACCAACACCAUCAUCAUCACCACAACCACCACCACAAAUACCACCCGUUUCAUCCUUUGCCGCUAUGCCUGCUAAAUCCGCUAGUAGUUCAGCAGCAGCUGCCUCUUCCAACAGAUCCCAAUCACCUUUGCCGCGCCAACCCGGCUCGAGAUAUGCAUCAACGAAUGUCUUGGCCGCCGUACCGCCCGGCACACCAAGAGCGGUCAGCACAGAGGAUAUAACCAGAGAACCACGCACCAUUACCAUACAAAAGGGACCACAAGGUCUGGGCUUCAAUAUUGUGGGUGGCGAGGACGGCCAAGGCAUUUAUGUGUCAUUCAUAUUGGCUGGCGGUCCAGCUGAUUUGGGAUCCGAACUGAAACGCGGCGAUCAGCUACUGAGCGUAAAUAAUGUUAAUUUGACGCAUGCCACACACGAGGAAGCUGCACAGGCGCUCAAGACAUCUGGUGGCGUUGUCACUUUGGUUGCACAAUAUCGGCCCGAGGAAUAUAAUCGCUUUGAGGCACGCAUCCAGGAGCUGAAGCAGCAGGCAGCGCUAAGCGCCGGUGGCUCUGGCACGCUUUUGCGGACCACACAGAAGCGUUCGCUGUACGUUCGCGCCCUCUUCGACUACGAUCCUAACCGUGACGACGGGCUGCCCUCGCGCGGUCUUCCCUUCAAGCACGGCGAUAUCUUGCAUGUGACCAAUGCAUCGGAUGAUGAGUGGUGGCAGGCCCGACGGGUUCUGGGCGAUAAUGAGGACGAACAGAUCGGUAUUGUGCCAUCAAAGCGACGCUGGGAGCGCAAGAUGCGGGCGCGCGACCGAAGUGUGAAGUUCCAGGGGCAUGCGGCGGCGAAUAAUAAUAUGGAUAAGCAAUCGACAUUGGAUCGGAAGAAGAAGAAUUUCACAUUCUCACGCAAGUUUCCGUUCAUGAAGAGUCGCGAUGAGAAGAAUGAAGAUGGCAGCGAUCAAGAGCCAAAUGGAAUUGUAAACAGCAACAGCGAAAUCGAUGUUAACAAUGUUAACAACAAUCAGACAAAUGAACCGCAGCCUUUUAUGCUUUGCUACACACAAGACGAUGCCAAUGCUGAAGGAGGCGAGAUUAUCUACAGAGUGGAAUUACCCGAUAUGGAGCAGAUAACUUUAAUCUACUUGGAGAAUAACGAUGCUGACUAUCCUUCAGAGGAGAACGUGCUAUCCUACGAGGCCGUGCAGCGUUUAUCCAUCAACUAUACGCGUCCCGUCAUUAUAUUGGGACCGCUCAAGGAUCGCAUCAACGACGACUUGAUAUCUGAAUAUCCGGACAAGUUCGGCUCAUGUGUGCCACAUACCACGCGCCCCAAACGUGAAUACGAGGUGGAUGGUCGGGACUAUCACUUUGUCUCGUCCCGCGAGCAAAUGGAGCGCGACAUACAGAACCACCUGUUCAUUGAGGCCGGUCAGUACAAUGACAAUUUGUAUGGCACCUCGGUGGCUAGUGUGCGUGAGGUGGCCGAGAAGGGUAAACACUGCAUACUGGAUGUGUCGGGCAAUGCGAUUAAGCGACUGCAGGUGGCACAACUCUAUCCCGUGGCCAUUUUUAUAAAACCCAAAUCGGUUGACUCGGUGAUGGAAAUGAAUCGACGCAUGACUGAGGAGCAGGCAAAGAAAACUUAUGAGCGCGCCAUUAAGAUGGAGCAAGAAUUUGGCGAAUACUUUACGGGUGUUGUACAAGGCGAUACAAUUGAGGAAAUUUAUAGCAAAGUGAAAUCAAUGAUUUGGUCGCAAUCGGGACCAACCAUUUGGGUACCAUCGAAGGAAUCUCUAUGACCAACAGCCACAACAACAUGGACACUGCCGCCUCGAGUACGUUGUCGACCAGUCUCGAGAACAACAACAAAUCAGCCACAACAGAAGACGCCCCACUGAUGAUGCAACACAACGAUGAACAUGACGAUGACAAUGAGAAGAUUAUGUAGGCAGCAAUGGAUUUAAAAAUGCUAUAAAAAAGAGUCAACACCAACACUAAGAUCAAGAUCAAUCAACAAUAUGAAAGGAAUCGAAGAUGAAGAUGAAGAGACUAAGAUAAAGACGAAGAACAACAUCAACAAAAUGUUUAAUCGAAAAUAAGUCGAAAUAAGUCGCUUAUUGUUGUAGUUGUCGUCUGGCCGACUGAAUUGCUGUUCUUUAAGCACACACACACACACACACACACACACACAGAGACACAAAAAGUUCUGGCAGCGGCGUCGGCGGCGGCGGCUGUUUAGUUUUUAGUUAGAACAAAGUUUAAUAACAAGAGAGCAAAAGCAAGCAAGCAAGCGAAGCAAUGCGAAGCAAAGCAGAGCAAAAUAAGAGAGAGUAUGAGUUUAUGAGCAGAAGUAUAAGAAGAGGAAGAAUAUGAAGCAGGAGCAGCGGAUGAGAGAGUAAAUGUUCGUUAAACGCUAGUGUUGUUUGUUUUUGUUGAUGUUUAUGCGAGAGCCCUAGAGUUAUAGCGAGUUAGUUAUGUUGACGAUAAUGUGUUUAUGGUAAUAUAUAUACACACAUAAAUAUAUAUAUAAAUAUAUAUAUAUACAUAUAUAUAUAUUAUUCAUACUAAAUAACUAUGUAUAAGUACGACAAUGUUAGCGUUGAACAUAUACAAAUUUGUGAGAGCAUGGCAAUGAGUAUGAGAAUGGGAAUGCUAAUGAUCAUGAUGAUGAUGAGACGCAGAAGUUGGUGAUGAUGAAGAUGAAGAAGAAGAAGGCGCAUACGAGUCGAUGAAUAUGUUAAUGAAACAAACAAAGUUGGUGCAUUUGUUGUUAGAUGUAUGUAAUUUUUUUUUCCCCACGCGCCUUUGCCUAAAAGCAACAACAAUACACUCAAA